GCAGCGACAAGUCUGUUGCUGGAGCGCCGAGGCGGUCAGAAAUAAAAACAGGGGACUUAUCUAUUAACUUAUUGUUAAAUAUGUCCCAUGUGUGACCUGUUGUAAACUGUUCGUCCUAAAACCAUAUAGCCAACCCAAUUAUAACCGAUCUUUCUUUUUGCUAUUGUCGCAUUCACAUAGGCCUAGUCCUAUGGAUAGGGUAUAAUGCAUUUGAUUCAUUGAUUAUAUAUUUUUUUACAUCAGUCUUUUGUUUCGUCGUGUGAAAUCAGGUCAACGAUGAAUCAAUGGUUAUCCGACGGACUUUGAUGUAUUGAUAACAUACAUUAUUUUGUGAACAUCGUGUUUUGUCAGAGGCCUAAUGCAGAUGCUGCAUACGUGAAAUGACGUUGUUUCAUACGGUAGAGAGCGGACUACAUAUUGAAGGAGGGGGGGGUCUCUCUCUAUAUUUAGCAAUUAAUAAAAUAAAAUAUUGGUCUUAUAUUUUGGCGUCUUAAAACCCUAUAGGUUAUGGUGUGUUGACCGUUCAAAGCGCUCAUCUGACACGUCAAUCCCAGCCUUUUACCCCUCUCGGAACGACUGUAUCCGAGAUGGUUUGUUCCCCCCAAAACCCCCCACCCCGCCUCACCACCCCAUACAUUUCAUUCAUAAAAUUCCAACUCACUAUAAAAGGUGGGCCUCUGCACAGUCUGCACAGAGUAACCGCGUUCACGAGACGAACCGACCAAUCGAAGACCUCACUUAAUUGGGACGAAUACAAGGGGGUCGAAGCAUUCUCUACAAUCGACAAAGGUACGACACAAUAGGCCUAUAUAUAGUUCGCUUAUGUGGUAAUCGCCGACUGCCAAGAUGUACCAGGGAUCCAGCCCUGACCACGACGCGUCAUCCAGCUGUAGCGGGGACAGCCCUGCGCGCGGCGGCCAGCCUCCUCCUCCCUGCUCGCUCUCGAGCGCAUCCUCAAUGGACAGCCUCAACCAGGACCCCGACUCGAGUGACUCCUUUGUUCCGACGGUGACCGCGAUCUCCACGUCUCCCGAUCUGAGGUGGAUGGUGCAGACCACCACCACCUCCUCCACCCAUUCUCCCUCCCGCGGAGGUGCACGAGCCAAAGCCCGCUCGAAGGAGCACACCGGCGGGAAGAAGGGGAAGAAAGACCAGCCUUCCAAGGAGGAGGAUGAGAGGAGGAAGAUCCGGAGGGAGAGGAACAAGAUUGCCGCAGCAAAGUGUCGUAACAGACGGAGGGAGCUCACGGACACGCUGCAGGCGGAAACCGACGUGCUUGAGGAAGAGAAAGCGGCGCUGCAGACGGAAAUAGCCGAUCUCAUCAAAGAGAAAGCGCGCCUCGAGCAGGUGCUCGCCUCUCACGAGCCCGGGUGCGCGCGUCACCCGAACGAAGAAGAGCGCCGUGUGGACGACGCGGUGCACGAUGCGACUUCCGGGAUGGACGGCGAGCUGGGGGAGGAUAAGGAGGAGGAGGGUGAAGACGAGGAUGAUGAUGGGGGUGAUGAAGACGACGUGAGUCCCAUGCAGCAGGAGCCCCCGGCGUCUCCGCCCCCGACCCCGCUGCUCUCCCUGUGGCCCGAGGGCGAGAGCCUCUCCGAGGGGCCCGGCGAGGGAGAGGGCGGCCCCCCGCUGGGCCCCCCCCAGGACCUGGACCCCCCGCCGCCCCCCUGCGCCGCCGCCGCCAUCCUGGGGAACUCCGACAUCCUGCUCUGCUCCAGCGCCGAAGAGGAGGAGGAGGAGCCUCAGGAGGAGGAGGGGGAGGGGGAGGAGCCGGAGCCGCUUGAGGACCUGAAGGUGGACGACCUGGACGACCUGGUGCCCAGCCUGGAGAUGAGCGCCCCAGAGGAGGAGGAAGGGGUGGGGGGCGGGGGGGGCGUGUCGCUGGGGUCCGUGGGCGCGUCGGUGCCGGACAUCGACCUGGGCGGCGCCUUCGGGCUCCCGGACUGGGAGACCCUGUACCGGUCCGUGGCUCAGGACCUGGAGGCCCUGGGGACCCCCCUGGUGUCCUCCAGCCCCACCUGUGGCUACCGCUCCGUGUUCUCCUUCAGCGGGGCCGAGAUAGACUCCCUGCAGGCGGAGGACGACAGCCUGGCCCUCAGGGGCCCUGCUGGGGGAGGUCUCGGCGCCGGGGGCCCCGAGUUCACCAAGGAUAGCCUGAACUCUCCCACACUGCUGGCCCUGUGAACGCAAGAUAAGGGCCCCUUAUGCAACUGGUUUAUUAUGUCACUGACAGUCAAUGGUUUUAUAACCAGCAAGCUAUGGUCUCUUUCUCUCUCUCUCUCUCUCUCUCUCUCUCUCUCUCUCUCUCUCUCUCUCUCUCUCUCUCUCUCUCUCUC